AUAAAAUCGUAUAAACAUUUUGUAUCUGGUAUCAGGGCAACACAAAUUUCCUAGCUGUCAAUGUAUUCUAUUGUCUAUGGUCUCUUUUUAAUCAGGUUGUCAAGAUGGGUAUCGACAUCAACCACAAACACGAUAGGAAAGUUAGGCGCACGGAAGUAAAGUCUCAAGAUGUAUACUUGAGGCUGCUUGUAAAACUGUACAGGUAUUUGGCCAGGCGUACGAACUCCAAGUUCAAUACGAUCGUACUGCGCCGCCUGUUCAUGAGCCGCAUCAACCGGCCACCAAUCUCUUUGUCCCGCCUGGCCCGCCACAUGAAGAAGCCCACUCGCGAGGGUCUGAUCGCUGUUGUUGUCGGCACAGUAACCAAUGAUGUUAGGCUGUACACAGUCCCUAAAAUGACAGUAGCUGCUCUUCACGUCACGGAAAAGGCUCGUGCCCGUAUCUUGGCUGCUGGAGGAGAGAUCCUGACAUUCGACCAGCUUGCGCUGCGGGCGCCCACAGGCCGCAAGACAGUGCUGGUGCAGGGCCGCCGUAACGCGCGCGAGGCGGUGCGCCACUUUGGGCCGGCGCCGGGCGCUCCGCGCUCGCACACCAAGCCCUACGUGCGCUCCAAGGGACACGAGCGCGCGAGGCCCAGCCGUCGCUCCAACGUCUAAUCUUUAAUUAUAAGGAGUACUAUCUA